AGAUGGGGUUUCACCGUGUUAGCCAGGAUGGUCUUGAUCUCCUGACCUCAUGGUCCACCUGCCUUGGCCUCCCAAAGUGCUGGGAUUACAGGCGUGAACCACUGCGCCCGGCCUUUCUUUUUUUUUUAACUCCUUAAAUUUUGUGUAGAAACAAGGGUCUUGCUAUGUUGCCCAGGCUGCCCCCAAAUGGCUGGGCUCAAGCGAUCCUCCCACCUCAGCCUCCCAAAGUGCUGGGAUUACAGGUGUGAGCCACCACACCUGGCACUCCUUCCUUUUUUUAGGUUUGAAGGAGGAAAUGUCAUUUUAUUACAGGUUGAGUACCCCUUAUCCUGAAUGCCUGGGACCAGAGGUGUUUUAGAUUUCAGAUUUUUUUUAGGUUUUGGAAUAUACUUACAGAUUGAGCAUUCCAAAUCUGAAAAUCUAAAAUUCAAAAUGCUCCAGUGAGCAUUUUCUUUGAGUGUCAUGUCAGUGCUCAAAAAGUUGCAGGUUUUGGAGCAUUUUGGAUUUUGGAUUUUCACAUUUGGGAUGCUAAACUUGUACCAGCAGUCAAAUUGUGGAAUGCCAAGGUUUUAUUCUCAUACCCCAUGGAAUCUGAUGCAAUCUCACUCAUAUAAGGAAUUAGGGACACUGCAGCAUGAUUAGGAACCUGGUUAAAUCCCACGAUGAAGUUCAGAAUUAAACUUAUGUAAAAAAGGAGAUGUGAGUUGGUUUGAGCCUUGGAAUUGAAUUUCUUUUUUUUUUUUUUUUUAAAAACACCAACUCGAACCAGAUGGAACUGAACUUCUUUAUGGAAUCUUUGCACUUCCACUUUGAGUUAGUAAAGAUUAUUCAGCAUAAACUGACAUAAUUGGCUCUGCUGGGAAUGUGCACAGUCUGGGUGGUUGGAAAUCUAAUGGCCUGGAGAUAUAAUUCUCUUAUAUUUUACAGACAUGCUAGGUGAUAAAAUCAGAGCAGGUAUAGUUCCCGUCCUCUAGAAACUGACAAUUGAAACUAACACCAGCACUAAUCACAUGGUGGACACUGCAGAGCGCUUCACUCUUCUGCUCUACUCCUUACGAGAAUCCCUGUAGCAAGGUGUCAUUUUACAGGUGGGGAAACUCAGGCUCAGGAAGACCUGGCCCCAGGUCACAUUGCUAAUAAGUGGCAGAGCUGAAUUCAGAGUCAGAGCUGCUUGACCCACAGCCUGAAUUCCUCCUCAGGGCACCUUUGCCUGUUAGGAUGAGGAGGGCAGAAGGAGACUGAUCGCAAGCUGGUUUCUAACCAGCUGGUUUGAGAAAGGGGAAGAGGUCAUGUGCAUAGCAUCAGGCGCCAUAGUAACCACCCUCUCCCAUGGCCAUCUUCAGUACUUCCUAUAUGGCUUCAGUUUCAUUUCACUGGCUGUUUAAGGACCAGUACUCUUCAUAUGACAGCUGAGUAUGGCACAUGAUCUCCUCAAUUCAGGUGGGUUCUUCAGGCCCACUGCCACCUCCUGUGGGGCCCAGGACAAGGGUAUACUUGAAGGCACAUAUAUGGUAUGUGGGAUAUAGCAAGCUAACAAACUGGGAAAUAUGUUCUGUCCUCCUAUGUUGACAAAUAGACCUUGAUCACAACCUGGAAGGGUGAGCUCUUGAACUCUCUGAGCUCCUGCAGAAAUGUAGAGGCCUUUGGAGAGUUGCCUCUGACUCACACGCUUUCCUGCUUCUCUUCUUGCCGCUGGCUCUUUCUGGCCUUGUGGGAAGCUUCACACACAGCCUAGAUGGACUCUCUGGUCUUCAUGCCCAGUUCCACUCUUGCCCCUGCAAACAGCUACCCCUUGGCCACCAUUCGGGUCAAGACUUGAUGCACUGAUGACAACCUCCUUCAGGAGGAUGGAUCCGAAAAGAUGCCUGGACAGACCCUGGGAGUAGUGGCGUCCACCAGCUGGAGGGUCUGUCAGCCAUGGAGGUGGAAGUCAGGUGCAUCUGCAGCGGCCGCUGCCACAGAAACAGCCCAGCAUGCCCAGGGUGCAAAACCUCAAGUUCAACCGCAGAAGAGGAAGCCGAAAACUGGAAUAUUAAUGCUAAACAUGGGAGGCCCUGAAACUCUCGGAGAUGUUCACGACUUCCUUCUGAGACUCUUCUUGGACCGGGACCUCAUGACGCUUCCUAUUCAGAAUAAGCUGGCACCAUUCAUCGCCAAACGCCGAACCCCCAAGAUUCAAGAGCAAUACCGCAGGAUUGGAGGCGGAUCCCCCAUCAAGAUAUGGACUUCCAAGCAGGGAGAGGGCAUGGUGAAGCUGCUGGAUGAAUUGUCCCCCAACACAGCCCCUCACAAAUACUAUAUUGGAUUUCGGUACGUCCAUCCUUUAACAGAAGAAGCAAUUGAAGAGAUGGAGAGAGAUGGCCUAGAAAGGGCUAUUGCUUUCACACAAUAUCCACAGUACAGCUGCUCCACCACAGGCAGCAGCUUAAAUGCCAUUUACAGAUACUAUAAUCAGGUGGAACGGAAGCCCACGAUGAAGUGGAGCACUAUUGACAGGUGGCCCACACAUCACCUCCUCAUCCAGUGCUUUGCAGAUCAUAUUCUAAAGGAACUGGACCAUUUUCCACUUGAGAAGAGAAGCGAGGUGGUCAUUCUGUUUUCUGCUCACUCACUGCCGAUGUCUGUGGUCAACAGAGGCGACCCAUAUCCUCAGGAGGUAAGCGCCACUGUCCAAAAUGUCAUGGAAAGGCUGGAGUACUGCAACCCCUACCGAUUGGUGUGGCAAUCCAAGGUUGGUCCGAUGCCCUGGUUGGGUCCUCAAACAGACGAAUCCAUCAAAGGGCUUUGUGAGAGGGGGAGGAAGAAUAUCCUCUUGGUUCCGAUAGCGUUUACCAGUGACCAUAUUGAAACGCUGUAUGAGCUGGACAUCGAGUACUCUCAAGUUUUAGCCAAGGAGUGUGGAGUUGAAAACAUCAGAAGAGCUGAGUCUCUUAAUGGAAAUCCAUUGUUCUCUAAGGCCCUGGCCGACUUGGUGCAUUCACACAUCCAGUCAAACGAGCUGUGUUCUAAGCAGCUGACCCUGAGCUGUCCGCUCUGUGUCAAUCCUGUCUGCAGGGAGACUAAAUCCUUCUUCACCAGCCAGCAGCUGUGACCCCGGCCGGUGGACCCCGUGGCAUUAGGCAAAUGCCCAACCUCCAGAUACCUCCAAUGUGGAGAGGAUGUUAUUUAGAGAUCAAGGAAGGAAGUCAUCCUUCCUUGAUAUAUAUACAGCCUUUGGGUACAAAUUGUGUGAUUUCUUGAGGAUUGGACUCUUGAUGGAUUUCUAUUUUUAUAUAACUAUACAGUAAGCAUUUGUAUUUUCUCUCUCUAGGUAUAAGUUACUAGUUUGGAAUGUCCACUAGGACCUUUAAUAAAUGAGUUAAAAAUUUGUCUUAUGAGACACACCUAUUUUAAGUACAGAUUUUGGCUUUAUUGCCCAAAACCCUCCUGAAAGGGUACAGAGAGUCCCCUCUCUGGGCUGGCAGUGUGAAUGAGAUCUGUUUAGUCUCGUGCAUAUAGUUGCUGUUUUUUAAAUGAACAUAGUUGAGUAUUUGAAGUGAAUUUGAAAAAGAAAUGUUACUUAAUCUUUCCCUAAGCCCAUGGGUUACAGAAUGCUAGGGAGGCAAUUUGGUUACCUGUAAUGGCUGCUUUUGCCAGCGAGGCCACCAUUCAUUGGUCAUCUUGGUAUUUGUGUGUGAAUCUCACUUUCCUCAAUGUAAAAAGGUAUCAAGUACGGAUUUCAGAAGUGCUCUGAGAUUCCCCAUACACCCAAGGCUAAUAAACGUGUACAAGUACAGUGUUCAUGAUACGUGCCUUGGUGGGAGUCCGUGGUGCCACAGGGAAGGGGCUCCCACUGCUUCUGGUCUCAAGGGACAGUGCUGCUGGAAAGGCUAAUGAUGAGCUUCACCCUGGAGCUCCUCCCGGGACCUUGCAAGCCUUUGCAUCCAGCAUCUUCUCUAUCUUAGCUGAAUGCCUUCUUUCCGCACAUUUGUUUCAAGAAUUAUUUUAUAAAGUCAACAAUACUUUGCUUGAAUUCUUUCUUAAUUUACGAUUUUUUAUUAUAAAAAUUUAUAGCGAUACAAUGGGACAUGUGAAGAAUACAGAAAAGUAACCACUUUAAUGCAAUAACUAUUAUCAUAAUAUUGUAUUUCGUGCUAGUCCUUUCCUGUAGAUAUUUUUAAUGCCAUUUAAUGCCAUUGUCAACUUGGAUUUGUGAGUGAAAAGUGUUUCUAAAAAUAUAGAAAUAAUGUCAGAUCAGAAUCUGAUCUUCUAUGUUUGUAUUUAAAUGGAUUAAAAGAUCCCCAGUGGUUCCAUGAAGAAUUUGUAAAGAUCACUUUCUCUUUCCUUCAAGCCCUGAGACUUUGUUCUUCAAAAGAGCGUUUCCUUUUUUUUUUUUUUUUUUAAGCCAGUUUAUAAAAUGGAAGUAUUAGGAGAUUUGUAAAUCUUCUAUAUUGAGAAUUGGCUAUGUUAAUAAAUAUUACAACAUCA